AUGCAUGAACGCCUACUCUCUGUAUCAGGGCUGACUACCGGAUUUGGGUUAAUUAUUGUGGUGAACUGGCUGUUAAAUGGAAUGAAUUGGAAUUUCAUUGAAGAUACGUAUGGGUUUAUCUUAAAAGUGGAUGAUCUGACUCCGAAUGUUGGCUUAGUUUGUUCAACAAUUCUCAGCAUCUCCGUACUCCAUAAUCUCAUCGCUGCUGCUUUUGUCUUCUAUUUUAGCACAGGUUUGCUACUACCAUGCUUAGCACUUCUUUCGUUCUCAUCGAGCCUAUCACUCUACCCAGUCGUUAUUUUGGCUUCAAUUUUGUUACGUUUCCCGUCUAUACAUGAACGCCUACUCGCUGUGGCAGGGCUGACUACAGGAUUUGGGUUCAUAAUUGUGAUGAAUUGGCUGUUAAAUGGAAUGAAUUGGAGUUUCAUUGAAGAUACAUAUGUGUUUAUCUUAAAAGUAGAUGAUCUGACUCCAAAUGUUGGCUUAGUUUGGUACUUCUUCACCCAAGUUUUCGAACAUUUCCGAGUUUUUUACUUAGCUGUGUUCCAAAUCAAUCUCCUCGUAUAUGUAGUACCGCUUUUGCUUAGCUUAAGGAAAGAUGCACAUCUUCAUCUGGUUGUCAGCUUGUUGCUAGUGGCUGUCUUUUCCUCCUAUCCUACCUUAAAUGAUGCUUCAGUGUAUCUCGCAUUGUUGCCGAUGUUGGAAAAAUACCAUAAAUGUAGGUCAUCAAAACUUUUUACAGGCUUCCUUGAUGGUUUAGUAAAGAAAAGCUAAGA